AUGGCGGAUGCUGAUGGGUUGUUGAGGGGAGGUUCUCACGAAACAGGUGUGAGAAGUGGUGAUUUGUACACAGAGCUUUGGAAGGCAUGUGCAGGGCCUUUGGUUGAUGUUCCCUGCAAGAGNCUUAAUUGUUUUGCAGCUGGAGGCUUCAACAAAUCAGGAAUUGCAUCUGCAAAUCCCCCAAUUCAAUCUGCCUUCGAAAAUCCUUUGUCGUGUUGUUCACAUUCAGCUAUUGCUUCGGAUACAAGCACUCAUGGUGGCUUCUCUGUUCUUCGAAAGCAUGCAAAUGAAUGCCUUCCUCUAUUGGAUAUGAGCCAACCAAUUCCAACCCAGGAUUUGAUCGCCAAAGAUCUGCAUGGGUAUGAGUGGCGAUUCAAGCACAUAUUUAGAGGUCAACCUAGGAGGCAUUUACUUACGACUGGAUGGAGUACUUUCGUCACCUCAAAGAGAUUAGUCGCUGGUGAUUCCUUCGUUUUCUUGAGAGGUGAAAAUGGGGAGUUACGAGUGGGUGUACGCCGUCUUUCACGGCAACAAAGUUCAAUGCCACCUUCGGUAAUUUCAAGCCAAAGCAUGCAUCUUGGGGUGCUUGCAACAGCAUCACAUGCUAUCACAACUCAAACCCUCUUUGUCGUGUAUUAUAAGCCAAGGACAAGCCAGUUCAUUAUCGGGCUAAACAAAUACUUAGAGGCUGCCAAACAUGGAUUUACGGUUGGUAUGCGAUUCAGAAUGAGAUUCGAAGGAGAAGACUCACCCGAGAGAAGGUUCACGGGCACGAUUGUUGGCGUUGAGGAUUUAUCUUCCCAGUGGACUAACUCCCCAUGGCGUUCACUUAAGGUUCAAUGGGAUGAACCAGCAAGUAUAUUGCGUCCUGACAGGGUCUCACCAUGGGAAAUCGAGCCUUUUGUACCUUCAGCUUCUGCAAAUGUACCACAGCCAGCUGCAAAGAUCAAAAGGCCUCGACCUCUAGACGUGCCUCUCAUUGAAGAGAAUACAAAUGUGCCAGCUGUCCGGUCAAAGGAAGCUAAUUGUCUAGAACAAGUUCAAGGGACGAAAAAGUUCGAGAGUUCAUCCGUGUGCCGGCUAUUCGGCAUUGAUUUGAGGAAUAAUUCUAACAAUGUCCCUAGUCCAAACAUUGUUUCUAACUGUGAAAUUUCAAACUCGACAAAAGAGAAAAAGCAAGUGCAUUUGGAAGUUCCUGUAAAUUCUUCAUCCAGAACUCGGAUCAAGGUUCAAAUGCAAGGGAUUGCUGUUGGGCGUGGUGUGGACUUAAAUGCUUUUAACGGCUAUGAUGAACUUAUUGCGGAGCUUGAGAAAAUGUUCGAGAUAAAGGGGGAACUUUAUCCUCGUAAAAAAUGGGAGGUCGUUUACACAGACAAUGAAGGGGACAUGAUGCUUGUGGGCGAUGAUCCAUGGCCGGAAUUUUGCAAGAUGGCUAAAAAGAUUUGUAUAUACUCGAGCGAGGAAGUGAAGAAGAUGAGCCCCAAAUGCAAGCUUCCUCUAACUUCAUUAGACGGCGAAGGAAUAAUUUUAAGCUUAGAAUCAGAGCCUAAAUCAGAAACAUAAAACUUUUGAAUGUUCUCGUAUAUUUCGGUUUGGAGUAACAAAUAAGGUAGCAACAGGUUUGCUCAGUCUUUUUU